CAGCACCUGGGAAACGCCCGCGCCGGUUGGGGCGGGCGUGGCAGUCGGGGCGAAGGGAGGUGGCCGGCCACUGUUGGGGUGUCAGGCCGGGCGGCGGGGGCUGCAGGGAGGCGGCGCUCUGCAGGCGGACGUGGUCUGUGAGCCGCGCCCGGGCGCCUGGGUAGGCACCUCCCAAGCUCCGGCGCCCAUUUUGCCCGCCCGUUGAAGAGAGCCGUGCGCGGCCUACACGCUUAGGGGACAGCCCUUUGAGGCGACAUCACCGCCAGCGCCGGUCUCUUGAGUCAGAGGGACGCUCUUUUGAAAGUCAGUCCUAAAACAGUUAAGGUUUUAUUUCGCUUUAUUUCCAAGUCACAGCCCCUGAAUCUUGUACAACUCUCCCUGGACCGCUUCCGGUUGCCGGCCCUCGCCUCAUAACUUCAGUUCCAGUGACCUCGGCUUGGGAUGCCCCUCGGUUCGCCCCGGGCUCACGUCGCGAUCCCGGCUUGAGAGGCCCGGGGUGGGGGACCUGGAAGUUUUAGCCUAGCUGUUCUCGAGGCGGAUUAAUUAGCCCAAGAAACAUUAUAUUCAUUUUUCUGGAUAUGCCACAGAAGGAUCCGUGCCAGAAACAAGCCUGUGGAAUACAGAAAUGUUUACAAGCCAACAACUACAUGGAAUCGAAGUGUCAGGCUGUCAUCCAAGAACUGCGUAAGUGUUGUGCUCAAUAUCCCAAGGGAAGAUCUCGCGUCUGUUCAGGAUUUGAAAAAGAAGAGGAAGAAAACCUGACACUGAAGUCUGCAUCAAAGUAAAGUUCUGCUGAGAAGUUAAAUGCUGCUCCAUGUUUCCACCAAGAGAAUUUUAUUUAUCUUCCUAACUUUCUUCAGGCCAGGUAGCAGCAAAUAACAAAUGAAAAAGUCAACUAUAAAGUUAAUGAAUAUACCAUCUAUGCAGAACAGGCAGAAAUAUAAAUAUAUUAAAAGACAAAUAUGUAGAAUGUAAUAAAACUGAGCUGCUAAAAUAAACUUAAG